GGAGCGGCCGGAAGUAGUCCGGGUCCCAGUCAGACUGACCGGCUGGCGGCUUUGACAGGAGCGGGAGCUGCGGAAAGAAGUUGGUGGCAAUGGAGUUGGGCGAGCUGCUUUAUAACAAGUCGGAGUACAUCGAGACGGCAUCUGGAAACAAAGUUAGUCGCCAGUCUGUGUUGUGUGGAAGUCAGAACAUCGUUCUCAAUGGCAAGACCAUUGUGAUGAACGACUGUAUUAUCCGAGGGGAUCUGGCAAAUGUGAGAGUUGGACGUCAUUGCGUUGUGAAAAGCCGCAGUGUCAUAAGGCCACCUUUCAAGAAAUUCAGCAAAGGUGUUGCAUUUUUUCCUUUACAUAUCGGGGACCAUGUCUUUAUUGAGGAAGAUUGUGUGGUCAACGCAGCUCAGAUUGGCUCUUACGUUCACGUUGGCAAGAACUGUGUGAUUGGGCGCCGGUGUGUAUUGAAAGAUUGCUGCAAAAUUCUUGACAACACAGUUUUACCCCCAGAAACUGUGGUGCCGCCAUUCACUGUCUUCUCCGGCUGCCCAGGACUGUUUUCAGGGGAACUCCCAGAAUGUACCCAGGAGCUGAUGAUUGACGUCACCAAGAGCUACUACCAGAAGUUUUUGCCCUUGACACAGGUCUAACGUCUCUGCCUUGUGUCUCGAAUUUGGUUGAGCUCUAAGAUGAACUUGGGGACAAAGUGAGCCAGCCAACAUCUACAAAGAGCUCUAGUGUCUUUGAUAUCUUCCACCCUCUUUUUUUGUUUGUCUGGUUUUGUUUAAUUCUUUAGAAUUUCUCAAUCCUUCCAGGUUCUAAGCUCUUAAGACUUUAAUAACAGAACGCCUGGAGGCGUUGUGUCCAAAUGCUGUACUUAAACCUUAUCUAUUAACAGUCACUCCAUACCAUUAUCUGUGGAACACAGAAUCAUCUGUUCCCAACACUCCCAUCCCUUGGUCCCGUGGAUGACUGGAUCCUGCUGAAAUAGGCCCGCCGAGUGCAGCACUGUCCCAGCGUGGAGGUCAUGGAGCUGGUGUGCUGCUGUCAGCCAUUAGCUGCUCACAUGGAUCGCUCUCGGCUUUCCUGAGCUAACACAGUUGGCCAGUCGCCCCAGUUGCUCAUGGGGGGAAAAAGUGUGACUUUUCAGAGCCCAGAUUCCUGUUUGCUACUGAAACUUCAAGGGAGGGGUGGUUAGCAUUUCUCUCCUUCCCAAAAUGACCUUAACUGUCCUUUUAACCCAGGGUGAUGAAUAAAAGACUUUCUAGCAUUCUGAUCUAGGGCCUUUGGCUUUCACUAGAGGGGAGGCCCUCAGCACCCAGGUUUUAUUUUUGCAAAGACCCAGGUUUGAGUCUCCCACGUGGACGGGCUAGUCUGGCAGUCACUCCUUGCCUCACAGUAUUUAGAGGCAGCAACAUAUGCCUUAUUUCCUUGAAGACGUAGCAUUUGUGACAAUUGUUCUCUAACCUAGAACCAUUCACCCACUCUAUAUUUGCCAUAAAUGUCACAGUUAAGACCGAAAUAUUUGCACCUGGACCCGAUCAUGUAUAUAUACAGGGGCCUCUUAAAUCAUUCUGUGGGCACAGAGUCCCAAGGAGUAAAUGAAUUUACCAGUGCUGUUCUUACCAUCUCUUGGGUAAUAACACAAUCCUGCUUGGUUCUGCUCUGACCUCUUGGUCUAAAAGGAUUUAGAAGGGAAGGCCUGAGAAGCUUGGCUUUGCUCAAUGCUCUGAUUCUGCUGUGAACAGGGUAGGAUAGUUCAGCCUUGAAGAUUAAGGAUCUAUCAGGAGCUGUCCUAACUUAAUAUCUGGUUGUGGGGUUAAAGUGUCUACAUGUGAUGAUCUCUACUACGUCAAUAUAAAACUAUUUUCUGGUUUGUCUUUUUUUUUUUUGUUUGUGCAUUAAAAGAUUGACUUCAAAGAUUA